UUUUAGCAUCACGCGCAAUGCGAUAUUAAGACUUUCAUGAGUGGCACAUUUUCAUUAUUCACUCUACUUUUCAGCACUGGAUUCUUAAACUGAUUUCUGAUAUAUUUUGUGUUGAAUGUGGAAUUGGCGGCGGAUCGGUGUGGUGGGCGCCGUGAUCACUGGCUCCUCCGGAUUAUUCUCGCCUCCCUGGAAGCGCACGGUGCAUGCGGACGCCGCAUCCGUGCCCACUGAUCCCUCCCAGCCGCACGGCGUCAGUCGGGAACGUCCGCAGACGCCCGUGUUCGAUACGGAUGGAUCGGAAAUCCGCGACAUCAACGAGGACAACAUUCCGCGGUCGGAGGAGCUCCAGCUGCGCAAUGUCCAGGCCUUCUUCCGGCAUGGAGCGCGUACCCCGUUGAGAAUUCUGAAAUUCCUGGAUCAGCCUGAAUGGCCGAAGGAAAAGAUGUUAGCCGAUCCUCUAUUUCCGGCGGUAACGUACACUGUACUGGAUCUACACGGGCAGCAGGUUCCGGUUGGACCUUACGAAACCAUGUAUCAAAAAAUACUGUUUAAGGGCGGUUCUCCAGCCGGACAGCUGACUAAAACAGGAAAGCUGCAAAUGUACGAACUGGGUCAGCGAUACCGGAAGCAGUACAUCGAAGAUCGCCGGCUGGUGCGACCGAUAUUUGACGCCACUCAAGUAUAUAUUCGUUCUACAAACAUGACGAGAACGAUUGAAUCCUGUCGCUGGGUGUUAAGCGGAAUGUUCGGCAACAACAUUCGCCGCGGCGACGCGAUUAUAAUAUAUACCGAACCGGCUGAGCGGGAAAUUCUUUAUCCCAACCACACAUUUUGCCUGCAGCUGAAAACGCUGAACAAGAAAGCCUUUAAAGCACUGGAUGAUCUUCCGGGACUGAAAAAGGAUAGACUGGAAAUGCAGAAACUGUUUAAUUAUGCAGAGGAGAACAGCAAGAAAAAUUUAAAUUUUGUGGAUUUACGAGAUGAACUAAUUGCGAGAGAGGCGCAUGGUCUGAAGUUGCCCGACAUCAUCGCCAGCCGCAUGGCACAAAUUGAAUCCUACGCCGUCAAGAUGCUAACCUUCAUGGUAUCGGAUGCCACAGCCAAAAUCCGACCCAAUAUCAUGCGUCUGUUCUGCGGGCCGGUGCUGCACCUGAUCCGCGACAAUAUCGACUACUCCCUGGAACAAGAGGACUACUUCCGGCUGCAACUCUACGCCUGUCAUGAUUCCAUGCUAAUGGCUCUCCUAGUGGCACUGGACAUCUUCGACGAUAAAUGGCCGCCGUUCGGCGCGGAUCUGGUGUUCGAGACAUACGAGGAUAAGAACGGGGACGCCUGGGUGCGCGUGGUGUAUCAGGGAGCGGCGCAGCGCCUGCCGGGGAACGGCGGUGCGGAGUUGAUUGCGCUGGACCGGUUUAAGCGGUUGAUUGGCCGGUACACCAUAACCAUGGAGGAAUAUCGGGAAACUUGUCAGGAUGUGGCCCGGACGGAUGUGGCGCGAGCUGUGGGCGGAAGUAAAUAGUUGAGUUGCGUUAAUCGUGCUUGCUCGAUAAUGCUGCCAAGAAAUGCUGAUGUAUUUCGCUUUUUAAUACGAUUUUAUUUUCGCCAUGGAUUUUAAUUUACCAUGGUGUUGAAUCGUUUUUUGGUGAGAAAGCAUGGCUUAUACCGGUACAAACUUUUUAUUUGUCAGAAGUGAUGUUAACGUUUGUUGUAGGAAACGUGAAAACGUGUAUCCCGAUAUUUACACUGCAGUAAGUUCGUAGAACAACGGCAGAUAUGUUAAGGGCAAAGUC